CGUCAUGGGCAACACCCCCGCCCGGCCCACUGACGUAAAUGUGAGCAGAUCUUCAGGUCACCCUGGAGCUCGGCCCACCACUGACAGACAAAUAGAGGGACACAUGAACAGUAGUACACUGGGACUACAGAAACUCAACCCAACCCUUCGUCCUCAGCACUAAACUAGGCUUUUAGAGAAAGACAUCCCGAUUAUGGUGGCUGUUUGAGAGAGAGAAAGAUGCCGCAGAAAGACACGCUGCUACAUCUCUUCGCCGGGGGGUGUAGUGGUACUGUGGGGGCCAUCGUGACGUGCCCUCUGGAGGUGUUGAAGACUCGGUUGCAGUCUUCUGGUCUCGCCCUCAGACCGGUCUUCCAGGUACAGCUGGGUACAUUGAGCGGCACCGGGGUAAUCCGACCGGGCACUGUUACACCAGGGUUGCUGCAGGUCCUACGAUCAAUCCUUGAAAAAGAGGGACCAAGAUCACUUUUCCGUGGCCUGGGGCCUAACCUUGUUGGCGUGGCUCCUUCAAGGGCCAUUUAUUUUGCUGCAUACUCGAAAUCUAAAGAGACCUUCAAUGGGCUGUUUGUGCCUAACAGUGGAGUGGUGCACAUGUCGUCUGCUGGUGCUGCAGCUUUCGUUACUAACUCUCUAAUGAACCCCAUCUGGAUGGUCAAGACCAGGAUGCAGCUGGAAAAAAAAGCCAGAGGAGAAAAAAAGAUGAACGCAUUGCAGUGCGCCCGCUAUGUUUACAAAAGUGAAGGAAUCCGGGGCUUCUACCGAGGUCUGACUGCAUCGUAUGCUGGCAUCUCGGAGACCAUGAUCUGCUUCCUCAUCUACGAGACACUGAAAAAACACAUCGCUAAGAGCCAGCUAAACUCCCCGAAUAGUGAAAACGAGAAAAGAGCGUCAGACUUCUUGAGACUGAUGUUGGCAGCUGCAUUUUCAAAGGGUUGUGCGUCCUGCAUAGCCUACCCACAUGAGGUCAUUCGGACACGGCUGCGUGAGGAAGGCAGCAAGUACAAGUAUUUCUUCCAAACGGGGAGGUUAAUAAUGGUGGAAGAAGGCUACGCAGCUUUUUAUAGAGGACUCAUUCCACAGCUCAUUAGACAAAUCCCCAACACAGCCAUCGUCCUCUCCUCGUAUGAACUCAUUGUCCAUCUGCUCGGGGACUCCAAAUGAAGAAGAGCUUGAAAGUUGGGUUUUUUUUUCUGACAAUGGACGCUUAUAAAAAAACUCAACACACACUGAGCGAGAGACUUGAAAAAUGCAUCACAUACAUUUUUCUAUGUAGUGCCACAGAGACUUAUGGUGAAAGCGAAGCAGGUUGUGCUGUUAUCCAAAGAGCUUAACGUAUAGUUUUAUCAGAGCUUAUCGUUGGAAGUUGAGAAUGUUCAAAGUCGAGGUACUUCAGUCAAACUCUAAACCUGUGGAAAGAGGUCAUCUUCUUUGAGGACUAGUGUUAAGUUAACUAAAUUAUUUGAUGUUUUGUUAUUUUAUGACUGUUUGUUUUCUUUUCUCAGUGGUAAAUGUACCCACUCACAUGACCGUGCAGUUUGACUCAUUUACUUUAUGAUAGUGGGUUAUUCAGAUGGAGUGCUAGUUAUAGUGCUGUUCCUUGCAUUUUUUAUGACUGCACAUAUCAUUUUGAGAUUUCUGAUUCACAAAUGCAAUGCUCUGGUUUUAAAGUUUGAAUUACAGAGAAAUUUAUCAUAUUUUUUGUUAAUAUAUACAUCAACAAAUUCUGUAUAUAUGAAUACAGGCUUAUCUGUAUGUUUUCUUUGUGAAAAAGAUAGCUAAAUUUACCAGAUAAUGAGAACGUGGAUGCUUAUUUGACCAGUGGUUCAAUAAAGUGCAUCAUGAAAAGUACCAGCUGGUUUUGGUUCCUGAUGUUAAUAAAGUAAGUCUGUAAAACGGA